AUGUCGUUUUCAGACUCUGAGUCCUCCUCCCAUGGCGGCGGAGCGUCGGAGUACAAGUGUUUCCGUCAGUUCAGCCGUGACCGGUUAUUGCAUGAAAUGCUUGGAUCAACCAGAACUGAGAAUUCCAAGUCUUGGAAGGUACUCAUCAUGGAUAAAGUAACGGUGAAAGUCAUGUCUCAUUCAUGUAAAAUGGCAGAUAUCACUGACCAAGAAAUUUCCUUGGUGGAAGACCUUUUUCGGAGGAGGGAACCAUUGCCGUCAAUGGAUGUUAUAUACUAUAUACAGCCAUCAAAAGAGAAUGUUGUCAUGUUCUUGUCUGACAUGUCUGGAAGGGAGCCUUUAUACAGGAAAGCCUUUGUAUUUUUCAGUUCACCUAUCCCAAAGGAACUCAUAAAUCACAUAAAGAAAGAUACAAGUGUUUUACCGCGUAUAGGUGCAUUGAGAGAGAUGAAUCUAGAAUACUUUCCCAUAGAUAAUCAGGCUUUUGUCACUGAUCAAGAUAAGGCAUUGGAGGAGCUCUUUGGUAAUGUUGACAAUUCUAAGAGAAUCGAGAAGUGCUUGGACAUAAUGGCAACUCGAAUUGCGACAGUUUUUGCUUCAAUGAAGGAGCUGCCAUCGGUACGAUACCAUGCUUCCAAGGCAGUGGAUGAAUCCGAAGCAUCACCUCGUGAUUUAUUUCCUACAAAGCUUGCUGGUGCUGUUUGGAACAUUAUUUCAAAAUAUAAAUCUUCAAUUCCCAACUUUCCACAGAAAGAAACAUGCGACUUACUCAUCUUGGAUAGAUCUGUUGAUCAGAUUGCUCCUGUCAUACAUGAGUGGACGUAUGAUGCUAUGUGCCACGAUUUAUUAGAAAUGGAUGGCAACAAAUAUAUACAUGAGGUUCCUAGCAAAACUGGUGGAGAUCCUGAGAGAAAGGAGGUCCUUUUAGAAGACAAUGAUCCUGUCUGGUUGGAGAUUCGCCAUACACAUAUAGCAGAUGCUAGUGAACGAUUGAGCGACAAGUUUAGCACCUUUCAAUCAAAGAAUAAAGCUGCACAGCUCCAACAGAGUGCAAGAGAUGGCAAUGAAUUAUCUACACGGGAUUUGCAGAAAAUGGUUCAAGCUCUGCCACAGUACACUGAACAAAUGGAAAAGAUUUCUCUCCAUGUCGAGAUUGCAGGGAAAAUUAACAGAAUUAUCCAGGAAAAGGGACUUCGAGACCUUGGGCAACUAGAGCAGGAUCUUGUUUUUGGAGAUGCCGGAGCCAAGGAUGUCAUCAAUUAUUUGAGGACCAAUCAGGAUGCAAGUUCUGAAAAUAAGUUGCGUUUGUUAAUGAUUUAUGCCUCUAUAUAUCCUGAGAAGUUUGAAGGGGACAAAGCUAGUAAGCUAAUGCAGUUGGCAAAGUUAUCACAAGAGGACAUGAAGGUUGUGAAUAACAUGAAAAUGCUUAAGGGAUCAUCAGAAUCCAAAAAGACGACUGGUAGCUUUUCACUCAAGUUCAAUAAUGCGAAGACUAAACAAGCAGCGAGGAAGGAUCGUGAAGGUGAAGAGGAGGAAACAUGGCAACUAUUUCGAUUUUUUCCACUUAUGGAGGAGCUCAUUGAAAAUCUUAACAAAGGUCUAUUACCAAAGAAUGAGUAUUCAUGUAUGAAUGGACCUGGUCCAACUCCUGACUCAGUAAGCCAGAGGCGCACUCAGAGUACAUCUGAAACUGCAACUCCAUCAACUAAUCCCCAUUCGAUAAGAUCGAGGAGAACUGCAAACUGGGGACGAGCUCGGCAUUCGGAUGAUGGAUAUUCAAGUGACUCGAUUUUGAGAGGUGAGUCUACUGAUUACAAGAAGUUGGGGCGACGUAUUUUUGUAUUUAUGAUUGGUGGGGCGACUCGAUCAGAGCUACGAGUUUGUUACAAGAUGACAACAAAAUUGAAAAGGGAAGUAAUCCUUGGAACGACCAGUAUCCAAGAACCACCACAGUAUCUUACGAAACUGAAGCUGCUAUCAGAAAAAGAACUGUCAGUUGAUGGCCUCAAACUCUAA